CCACCGGUUUUCUUCCCCGGGUCGAAAAAGUGGUUCAUACCCAACCAUAAGAGGAGCUCCGCGGACCUGUCUCCUUAUCUGUCAGAGCGGUUGAAUGACCAUAUGGUUCCCUUCGAGUUGGUACUCGCCGGAGAUGGCGAGUUGGGAACAACGCGGUUCAUUCGCUUUGACGCGCCGUUCGCUCUGUUCGUCGCGGCCCUGGCGUACAACAAGGCGCACUUGGCCCGCGAGUGCUUCGCCGAUCUCUACAUCACCCAAUUUCCCCUGUCAGACUUGCCAAAAGAACUCCAGGACGACUUCCCCAUGCCAGAAUUUCUCGCCGCAGCGGAUCCCGCCCCGGUGGACAAUGCGGUGCCCGACGUUUAUAGCAGUAGCCUCUGGCUCGGCCUUGAACCGACAUACACUCCAUGGCACUGUGACCCCAAUCACAACCUGUUCUGUCAGCUCGCCGGCUCCAAGGUGAUCCGGCUCAUGCCGCCCGAGGCAGGGUUGAUGCUAUUCCAAAAGGUCAAGCGCGGGUUAGGUGGCCCGGGCAGCCCUUUCAUCAGGGGCGAAGAGAUGAUGCAAGGGCCUGAGCGGAAGGCGUUUUUUGAUGCCGUCUGGUCUGCAGCCCCACCAGAGGGUAUGCUAGAGGUCGAGCUGAGGCCGCGUGACGUGCUGUAUCUCAACAAGCAUUGGUGGCACAGUGUUCGGAGCGUUGGCGACAGUGGACGAUUGAACGCAUCGGUCAAUUGGUGGUUCCAAUGGCGGAAUCUCUCACCGUCGCGGGGGUGGGGA